AUGAGACUCACCAUCUUCACCGUCUUUACGGCGCUUUCACCUUUUCUAAUACUUGCUGCUCCAGUAUCAGAGUAUACUCUCAAUGCUCGUGAUGCAGGUCAGUCAACAUCCGGUCGUACACCAGUGAUCAGUCAACAGCCCACCUUCUCAGGCGAUGUGACUCAAUGUCAAGGUUAUUCCAUUGAUCAAACCACAUCAACAUCCACCGGUGGAUUGUUGAUCACACUCAAACUACUUGAUAAAUGUGCAGCUUAUGGAAAUGAUAUAAAUUAUUUGGAAGUCUCAGUAGAAUAUGAAACAUCGACGAGAUUACAUGUACAUAUAUAUGAUAAAGAUCAACAUCAAUAUCAAGUACCAGAAUACGUCUUACCAAGACCAAAAUCAUCAGCAUCAUCUUCGGAUUCGGAUUCGUGUGAAUUGAAAUUUGAUUACAAGCAAAAUCCAUUCGAAUUUUGGAUAACACGUAAAGAAGAUGAAGCUAUUUUGUUCGAUACUAGAUCCAAGAAUAUACCUACAUAUGAAGAAUCAAUUCAAGUUGAAGGAGCAUAUAGUAACUAUACUGUAUUACCUUCACAUUCAUUAAUAUUCGAAGAUCAAUAUCUUCAGCUGUCUUCUGCUUUACCAGAUGGUGCCAACAUCUAUGGGUUAGGUGAAGUCAUUGCCGGAUCAGGAUACAGAAGAAACGAGUCCGCUACUGUGCAGACUUUCUGGACAAGGGAUGUAGGUGAUCCAGUUGACGAGAAUAUGUAUGGAGUCCAUCCUAUGUAUAUGGAAGUAAGGUGGAAUGAAACUUGUAAUAAACUCAAUUCGCAUGGAAUCUUCUUACUCAACUCAAAUGGUAUGGACGUGAUACUCAGAGAUGGAGUUAUCGAGUAUCGGGCCAUUGGAGGAACUUUUGAUUUCUACUUCUUUUCCGGCCCGUCACCAAACGAGGUAGCUUCUCAAUAUGCUCAAGCGGUUGGGCUUCCACAAGUGAUGCCAGAAUGGUCAUUCGGAUUCCACCUGUGUCGAUGGGGAUAUACUUCGGUCGAAGACACAAGGACUACUGUGAGGAGAAUGAGAGAGGCUGGAAUACCUUUAGAAGUACAAUGGAACGAUAUUGAUUGGAUGAGAGCAUAUCGAGAGUUCCAGUUUGACCAAAACUAUGCCCCGGCGGAUUAUAAAGCUUUCAUUGAUGAGUUACAUUCUAUGAACCAACAUUAUAUUCCAAUCAUUGACGCUGCUAUCGGAUACCUUUACAAUGAUUCUGACGUGUUUGAUGUCUACUCUCGAGGUCACGAGCUAGAUGUAUGGAUGAAGAAUCCAGAUGGUACAGAAUACAUAGGAGCAGUCUGGCCUGGAUUCACUGUAUUCCCAGAUUGGUUCAACCCUAAAAUGCAGCAAGUAUGGACAGAGGCAUUCCGCAAUUUGAGUCAGGUGGUUGAUUUUGAUGGUAUCUGGCUUGAUAUGAACGAGCCUUCCUCUUUUGUGGACGGCUCCGCUUCUAAUUCCACCAUUGCUAUCGAGAACACUACAGUUGUUCCACCCAAUUACACGCCCCAAGCUCCACCUGUUGAUUUCCCCGAAGGUUAUUGGCCAAACAUAUCGGGAUAUAGUGGGAACAUCUCAAUUAACGGUACACUCUCCUAUGGCCAAAAUGGUACUGCGCCGAAGAACGAAGCUUUACGACGAUCAUACACAGCUGAGAUCGAACAUGCCAAGAGGCAAACCAUACCUGAUCACAUCCCCCAAAUACCUUUUGUUGAUGAACCACCUUAUCCAAUUCGGAAUCAAGCUGGUAGAUUAUCAGCCAAGACAGUCAGUCCAAACGCUACUCAUUAUGGCGGAUUACAAGAAUACAACGUACACAAUUUAUGGGGAACGAUGGAAGAACUCGCUACGCAUACCACGUUAUUGGAUUUAAAACCUGGUAAAAGACCUUUUAUGGUAGCUCGAUCAACUUUUGCUGGAAUUGGACGAAAAACCGCACACUGGCUUGGGGAUAAUUACUCUACCUUUGCUUAUAUGAAGAGGGCUAUUCAAGGGGUGUUGCAAUUCAAUUUGUUUGGUAUUCCGAUGGUUGGACCUGAUACUUGCGGCUUUAACGGUAAUACUGAUGAGGAACUAUGCAAUCGAUGGAUGCAAUUGAGUGCCUUCUUCCCAUUCUACAGGAAUCACAAUACAAAACUGGCUAUCUCCCAAGAGCCCUACGUGUGGGAUUCAGUUCGAGAUGCAAGUAUAAAAGCCAUUCACGCCCGAUACGCUCUACUUCCUUACUGGCAAACUUUGUUUGCCAAAGCUUCUGAAUCGGGACUUCCACCUGUUCGACCAUUGUUCCAUGAAUUUGCAUCACCUUCUUACCUUUCCAUUGACACACAAUUCCUUAUUGGUCCUUCAAUACUGGUUACACCUGUAUUGCAACCUAACGCAUCGAGUGUUCACGGUGUAUUCCCCAGGACCAAUGGCGUGUUUUGGGUAGAUUGGUGGACUCAUUCCAAAGUUGAUACUUCCAAAUCUGAGAAUGUCAGUAUUUCUCUGCCUUUAGGUGAGAUUGGAGUACACGUACGAAGUGGUUCUGUUCUACUACUAUAUGACCAACCUGAAUAUACCGUAAAAGAAACUAGGGAUAGUGGCCAUGGAUUAUUGGUUGUAUUAGAUGGUAAAGGUUAUGCUGAAGGUGACGCCAAGAUCGAUGAUGGAGAAAGUUAUCCAGUGAACGACUUAUCAUGUUUGAGCUUUGUGGCAAGUAAUAAUUGUAUCACCACAACUCAUCAAGGUAAUUAUGAUAUCGAGAACAAGCUGAAGAGCGUCACUGUCAUUGGACUGUGGAUACAGCCUUCCCAAUUCACUCUCAACGGAAAGAAGGUAAACAGCAACCAGAUAAAGUAUGAUGCCAGUGUAGGCAGAGUAAAGAUUAAUGGGUUGCAAGGUGAUUUGAACCAAGGAUGGGUAUUGAAAUGGGAAUGA